AUGGAAUCGUUAAAAUCAUUAAAACUGAAGCAAAGAGGAAUGAAAUCGCGAUUAACAAGAUAUGAGAAAAUAUGCAAACAAAUGGCAGAAACACCUACUUCUGAGUUAGAUAUUUUAGAUAUAAACAGCCAUGUCGAAGAGUUUGGUUGGGUCAUUGCUGGUAGCGUACCCCUCAACAACCCCAGUUCGUUUACAACAUGUUGUCAUACAUCUAAUUUAGAAACUCAAGUACAUAAAUUCUGGGAAUUGGAAGCGUGCAAUGAGAUUCAACAUUUCACAAAGACGGAGCAACAAUGCGAACAACAUUUUAUCUCGAAUACAACGAGAGCAAAUGACGGAAGAUUUAUCGUAAAAAUUCCAUUUACAGAUAACAUCAAAAAUAUAGGGAAUAAUAAACAGAUAGCAUUCAAGCGAUAUAUUUUACUAGAAAAUCGUUUACGAACAAACGAAAAUCUAUUUAUUGAUUAUAAAAAUUUUAUGGAUACUUAUAUAUCACUAGGUCACAUGAGCGAAGUCAAAGAAUCUAUCGAACCCAAAACAUGUUUCUAUUUACCUCAUCAUGGAGUACUAAAACCAGAUGGUUUAACCACGAAAUUGCGCGUAGUUUUCGAUGCAUCUUGUAAAUCCGAUACGGGUAUGUCAUUGAAUGAAGUACAGCUUGUUGGACCCACAAUUCAAAAUGAUAUUUUUUCUAUCAUAUUAAGAUUUAGAAGGCAUACAUUCGUACUAACAGGCGAUAUAGAAAAAAUGUACAGACAGGUUUUGGUUCACGAAAAUGACAGAAAGAUGCAACGAAUAUUCUGGAGGGAUAAUUUUAAUAGCAAAAUAAAAAUAUAUCAAUUAAACACAGUCACAUACGGUACAGCUUCAGCUCCGUUUUUAGCCAUACGAUGCUUAGAACAAUUAGCUAGAGAAAACAUAACUAAUUUCAAAAGAGAAUGCGAAAUCAUUAGAAAUGAUUUUUAUGUUGACGAUCUAUUAACAGGAACUGAUACAAUAUCCGAACUAUUUACUAUUAAAACUAAUAUUUCGUCAAGAUCUCGAGUAGCGCCAUUAAAAAAUAUCACACUCCCGCGUCUCGAACUUUGUGCGGCACAAUUAUUAGCGAAUCUUACGCAAAAAAUAAAACGGGCAUUAAAUAUCGCGUUUGAUAAAGAAUUCUAUUGGAGCGAUUCCACAAUAACCCUUUCGUGGAUAAAAUCUCCGUCUUACAAAUGGAAAACUUUUGUUGCCAAUAGAGUUUCUGAUAUUCAAACAAAAACCGACGCCAACAAUUGGUUUCAUGUCCGAUCGCAAGAUAAUCCAGCGGAUCUCAUUUCACGCGGAUGCUUCACACAUGAUUUAUUAAAAUCAUCUUUAUGGUGGCAAAGUCCAUUUUGGUUACAAAAUUUAACUGAAACACAGCAACUACGAGUCGUAGCCUUCUGUUAUCGAUUCUAUCAGAAUUCUAAAUUGAUUAAGAACAAAAGAUUACAUGGUCCACUUACCAUUAACGAAUUCAAUGAUUCAUUAAAAACCUUAAUAAAACUAUCACAACAUGAUACAUUCAAGCAUGACAUAGACAUAAUUAUGAGUAAGGGAGCAUUAAACAAAUCUUCAAAAUUAAAAUCACUAACUCCAUUCCUAGAUAGAGAUGGAAUUUUACGCGUUGGGGGGCGGAUAAAAAAUUCUAAUUUAGCAUAUGAUAAAUGCCAUCCAAUAAUACUACCAAAGAAUCACCCAUUAACAAUUCUGAUAGCUAGACAUGAGCAUUUAAAAUUGUAUCACUGCGGAGCACAAAUGCUAUUAAAUACGUUACGUAAUACCUAUUGGCCUAUCGGAGGUAGAAAUUUAACAAGAUCAAUCGUACAAAAAUGUGUAACAUGUUUUAAAGUAAAACCCACAUUGAUCCAUCCAUUAAUGGGUAAUUUGCCUAAAAGUCGUGUAACACCGCAAUCACCUUUUUUUAUAUGCGGAGUAGAUUACGGAGGUCCUGUCCUAAUAAGAGAUCGUCAAACAAGGGGGUACAAAAAAUUAAAGGCGUAUAUAUGUUUGUUUGUAUGCUUUGUUACGAAGGCAAUUCAUAUUGAAUUAGUAUCUGAUUUAACGACGAAUAGUUUCAUGGCAACAUUAAAACGAUUUAUGGCACGACGUGGCAAACCUCGCGAAAUAUAUUCAGAUAAUGGAACGAAUUUCAUAGGCGCAGCUUCUGGAUUAAAGGAACUGUAUAAAUUUUUACAAAGAAAGUCAAAUCAAAACGAGAUUACUGAUAAAAUGAUAAACGAAGGUGUGUCAUGGAAGCACAUUCCACCGAAUUCUCCUCAUUUCGGAGGAAUUUGGGAAGCUGCCAUAAAGUCAUGCAAGGCUCACCUAAAACGAAUAUUAGGAAACGCCAUUUUAACCUUCGAAGAUUUUUAUACGGUUCUGACCCAGAUCGAAGCAAUAUUGAAUUCAAGACCAAUUUCUCCUUUAAGCUCCGAUCCUAACGAUUAUGAUUCAUUAACUCCUGGUCAUUUUCUCAUUGGAAAAUCCUUGAUUUCAACUCCAGAUCCGUCAGUGUUUGAUAUACCUGACAAUAAACUUUCUCGAUAUCAACGACUCCAAAAACUUGUACAACAUUUUUGGAAACGCUGGCAUAAAGAAUAUAUUUCAGAGUUACAAUGUAGAACGAAGUGGCAAGUGCAACAAUCACAGCAAAUUGAAAUAGGGGAAAUGGUAGUAAUUAAGGAAGAAAAUUUACCUCCAAUGCAGUGGAAAUUAGGACGUAUCAUUGAAACGCACCCAGGAGACGAUGGAAUUGUGCGUGUGGUAACAAUUAAAACAAAGGGUGGAAUACUCAAGCGUGCUGUUCACAGAAUAUGUGUAUUACCAAAACCACUAACAACAACUUAA